AUGGAGCGACGUCUUUUGUGGUUCACAAUCAUUCAAGCUCUACCAAUGUUGUUAGAAUUAUUGCGAACAUUACUUCAGUUUUUAUUCGUCUCCAUUUUACAUGUGCCUGGCGCUAUUGGAGUCACUUCAGAGACACUCUUUUAUUACAUGGAUAUCACUUGCACCCUUCCGCCUUAUUGCCUUCUUGCCACGAAUGCGAACAUUCGCCGUCUGUUAUUACCUCGAGCAUUUGCGAUUGAGGAAAUCUCCGUUUUCGAGGAUCUCGGUUUUGCCCGAAAUCCGAUCUCGGUGUUGAUU